GUAUAUAUAUGGUGCCGUUGUCUGGUGAACGUUCAGUGCCCCAGUCACCCCGGACAAACAGAGCAGAUAUGUGGUCUUCUGUGGUUUUCGUGCUCCUUGUGGCAUCGGUGAGGGCGGAUGCUGAUGCAGACCCUGUAGCAGACGCCGAUGCAGACGCUGAGCCUUUCGUGCCAUAUGUGUACCCGCAGUUCAACUUUGGAAACAAUUGGGCUGCUGUACACUUUGCCCAACCACAUGAGAUUCUGGACACCAAAGUAGCUAAACCGGAAGAAGACGCAACUCACCGCCCGAGUUUUGGUUUUACUCCUGUCGCGGUGGCCCACAAUCCAUUGCUGGCCAUCAGAGAUGUCCAGGCGCCAACUGCUUCCAUUCUGCAGCUAAGGAAACCAGGCGAAAGCCACGAUGUCCAAGUCCUCCGUCAGCCAGCCAUGGUGUUUGGACCGCCCCUCUUCUUCCAGACUUCGCAUAUCAGAGUGCCUGACCAUGAUCAGAAAGAACCCACCCCUGUGCCUGUGGCAGUCGCCCCUUCGAGUAUACCCUUCGCCAGCCAGCACACUGCUCAAGUCAGCCCCAUUGUGCCUUUCCCGUCCUUCACGACCUUCAUUGGAAAUAUCCCGCUUCACGUUCCUCUCACAGCCCCAUCCUACGCUAUCCAGCACUCGGCCCAAGUUCCAAUCAUCCCAAGCGCCAUCUUACAUAAAGUUAGCGACGAUGAUGAUGAUGAUGAUGAAGACGACGAUGAUAAUGAGCUGAAUAUUGUUUACGUUCGCCAUUUCCCUACUCAACUGGCCAGUCUGCCUAAUUUACGGGUUGCCGGAAACGAGCAAGUCAUUCCAGCGGGAAUCGUUCAGUCCACACAGCCAAUCAUCAAGCCAGUGGCAUUCAAGAAUUCCAAAGCCCACCCUGAUCUUCUGGGGAAGGUUCAGAAUACCAGAAGUGCUGGCGUGAUUGCUGCUUGAAGUAACGUGCAUCAUUAUAUUUAAAGGAAUUUUCCAUGAAGCAGCUCACCCAUCUCUCGUCGGCGCUGAUAAUUCUAUCAGUUGUCAAAAAAGUUCUGAAUAGUUAUUAGCUGCCAUGUUUACCGAACAACGCCAAACGAAAUAGUUUUUAUCAAAACUAAAAUUCCUUCAGUCAUUUAGUCAUAAACGUAUAAAAUGUUCAAAGUUACCAAUUAAGGGGUAAGAAUAACUUUUAAGGAUUCCAAACAACAAUGGGUUUAUUUUGUUCAUGUGGAAUGAGGAUAUGUGUUCGAUGUAAAAUUAUAUACUACAGAUAAAGAAAAAAAAACGAGAGGACAA